GAUCGACGCCUGCUCUGCCUCCACUUCCUGCCAGCGCCCGCGCUCUGACCACAGAGCAUGUAUGUUCUGCCUCCUGGCCUCUGGCUUGGCGGGCAGCCCGCGCUGCGACUACCUCGUCGCGCGCCAGCGCUCCGAAAAGGCCGCGCGGCUCCCGACAGAUGCCAGGAGUUGCGGAGUGGGCGGG